AAGAAACCGGGUCGCGGUUUUCUGGGUUUUAUAAGCGUCUUCUCUAUGAUCGUUGAUGAAUCAUCCUUGAAAAGAAGGAGGCUCACCAACAUUGAUCCCAUGGAGGCUGAGGAAGCCAAGGCCAGGCUCACAGCAGCAAAAGAAAAGUUUGGAAGAGAAAUUCGUGUAUUUGAAACAGCAGCUUCUUCUUCGUCGCAAAAUGUAGAGUCCAAUACUGAGGAGACAGAUGAACUUUAUGAGUUUACUGCAGAGGAUUAUUAUCGGAUAAUGAAUGCCAAGAAGGAAGAUAAGUUCCUGAAAACACGAAAGAUUAGAGAAGCAGAACAAGCGGCUCGUAGAUCAAGGAUAACCAAGGCUGUGAUCAGGGUUCGCUUUCCUGACAACACAACAUUAGAGGCCACUUUUCAUCCUUCAGAAACAAUUCAAAGCUUGGUUGAUCUUCUCAUGAGAGUGGUUGCUCGGCCUGAAUUAUCAUUUCACAUAUAUACUACUCCCCCUAAGAAGCUGAUAAAAGACAUGACUCAGGACUUCUACUCCGCUGGAUUUGCUCCUGGUGCAAUUGUAUAUUUUUCAUAUGAUAUUCCAAAAGGUGAUGAUGCAGCAGAUGUCAAGUCAGGUCCUUUCCUUCACAAAGAGAUCAUGUCUUUGAAAGGUCUGGAACUCGUUAAAGAGUAUGCAGAGCCUGUUCAGCCUGCACCUGAACCUAGACAGGAGGCACCACCCCCUGUUAUCCAAGAGAAGAAGCCUGCCGAGAAAAAAUCUGUGAAGCCGAAGUGGCUGAAGAUGUGACAUGAAGCAUAUGACCAACUUCUGGAGGUGUAAUCGCCAUUCAUCAUCUUAUCUUUAGAAAGGUCGGUACCACUUCCUUUCUGUACCAUUUUGUUGGUUAUGACAGUUAUUUGAUACCUACAACUUGGCCAUAGUUGUUUUUAUUAGGAGGGUUUAUAAAGAAAUUGAUUGCAAAUACUUAUUAGGAGUUCAAAGAGAUAACUUCUACAUAUGCCAAAAUCUGUGCUUUGUUAAGGUUGUUUAAAUUUUCUCCAACAUGUAAUAAUGUGCAACUUUUAUGUAGAAUGCCGCAGUAGGUCGUGCCUAUUCUUUA